CAGCGACAAACAAAAUGGCUUCCAAAUUAGCAUAACAUUCGCUAAUAUUAUUCUAAGACAACAUAGAUGCUUACUUUGACGAGGUAACAGUUUAUGGAACAAUUGAAAUACAAUGGGUUAUACCUGAAAGGUUGCUUAAGCAAGUAAAGAAAGGGAGAAAGAGCGCUUGUUUUUUAAGAGAAAACAAUAGCUAGACAAUAGAAAAAGAAAGUUUAGGGGACAAAGAAAAGCGUUAUUGCUUUCAUGGUCAGCGAUCUUCUAAACGAAAUGAAAGCAAAUAUGAUGUAGUGAAGACGAACAAUUGGAAUUUACAACAGGGUAAACAACUGAAUUGUUUUUAUUUUUUUUUCAGACGUAAAUUCUUCUGCUAUUACCCUUGCUGCCAUGCAUGCUCAAUUUCGCGUCUUCCCUGUAUAGGAAGCAAUUCUGCAAUGUUGAAUCAUACAUAUGUUAAAGAAAAAAAAAUAAAAAAAAUAAAAAGAACAUACAAGGUGAUAACUAUGCAUAAUAGUUUCUUUUUGUGUAAGGUUUUAUUUUUCUUUAAAUAGUUAGAAUCUAUGUUGGAUUUACCAGGAGGGAAAAUGAUGCAUCCUGUCCUUGGUACAUUUACCUACGUACAUGUUCAUGCCAACAUUUCCUUGGUGUGAAUGAACUCUCAAUCAAACAUUGUCCUCUUUUAUUAGUUGACAGAUGAUUUCUAAAAAUCUAUUUUGAUGAAUUCUUUCCAAAACGAAGACCACGCGUCCUUUGGAACUCCAGAUUCUCAUUCUUUCCACGCGGAUGCUCCUACAUCGGCGUUCGCAUGUCCUACACAGCUUUCCACGAUAGAUGAAUUAUUUGAAAGCCGACGCGCUUCUCAAAAACGUUAUGAAACAUUCCUGGCGUCUUUAUUCGAAAAGUAUGGACGCGACACUUCCGACAUAGCUGACGAAAUUGACCUUUCCACUGGAAAAAUUGUUGUUAACCGAGGUCAUUUACUUGGUUUAAAAAAUAAGAAUGAUGUUUGGACUCCAGAAGACGAAACUGAGAAUUCACCAGUAGAUACGUCUCCAGCGUUUGCCUCGUCAUCUAGCAAGCUGACGAAGGGCGAGAAUCAAACAGCAGUAGAAGUUGAGAAAUUGAAGCAAUAUGAUAUUGAUAUAGAAGAAGAUGUCCCUCUCAUGUCCUUUUUUCGAAACGAGGCUGGUAGUUCAUGUCCUUUUAACCGCUCGUCGUUUGUGAAGGCAUCGUAUCCCAAGAAAAAAAUGAAAACCACUAAUGCUAAUUCUGAAGUGAGAGAACAAGACUCUACUGAAAUUUCUUCCGUUCCUUAUCCUGAUUCUUCUCAACUAGUUACUGACGCACACACGGGUGAAGAUGCAGGCCAAAUAUCAAACUUGAAAAACUUUCCGCAUUCUAAGCCAAUGCCAGACAAUGGACUUGUGGAGACUUUACAAAAAAUGCCAUUGCCGCUUGUUAACGAAGGGAAUAAUGUAUUAGAUUCUCAGGCAAACUCUCAUACAAGCAGCAGUGACCGCCAGGACAAUCUUACCAAUGCAUUCCAAACUCCUGAAAAGCCGGCCAAGAAAGACUUCAUGUCAUCUAAGCGUACUAGUUCUUUUUCCUCUACAAAAAAAAGGAAUUUUGUUUCUCUCUUAUCAAUGGUCUCUCCCCGUCCUUCAUUUGUGUACAAGGAUUCUCAAAAUUUUGUCGCCAAACCCGUUUCUACAUCUCAGAUAUCUACUCCUAUGGCCAAGCAUCAUUCCAAGGAAAACUGUGAAAAGGCAUUCUGUUUUGAAUGUCUAUCCAAAAAUAAGGAUUAAGGAAAAAUUUAACCCAUACUCAAGUCCUUUCUCUGCUUACUUUUCCCAGCAUAUUAUUUAUUCUAUUACACUAUAACCAUCGGAUCACGCAUUG